GAGGAGCCAGGGAGGCGGGUGUGGAGGAGGUCAUUCCUGGCUGAGACCUGAAGGGCACAUGAGAGCUCACGGGGAGAUGGUGGGGAGCGAGCUACUCUGGCAGAACUAAAUGUCAUGGGGCACAAAUAAAUAGGAAGAGCCUGCAGCUCACUGGCACUUGGAGGCUCCCGAAGGAGGCUGCCUGUCGCCCAAGCACAGAGCCAAAAAGGAUGCAGUCUAGGAGGGAAGAAUCACAAGCCCUGUAAGAUGAGUGGAGCCAAACCCCCAGCCAAGCACCAAUACAGAACCCCAGGACAAUGAGGACACCCCCCUGCCCAUAGCUUCCUGUGCAGUCACCAAAAGUGCCAAAAUGGACCAGCAAAUGGCACUCACAUGGGGGCUGUGCUACAUGGCACUGGUGGCUCUCUGCUGGGGACACGGGGUGACAGAGGUAGAAGAAACAGUCCCUCUGAAGACUCUGCAGUGCUACAAUGACUACACCAACCACAUCAUCUGCAGCUGGGCAGACACGGAGGAUGCCCAGGGGCUAAUCAACAUGACCCUCUAUCACCAUCUAGAGAAGAAACAGCCAGUGUCCUGUGAGCUCAGUGAGGAACUCAUGUGGUCAGAGUGCCCGUCAUCCCACCGCUGUGUGCCCAGAAGAUGUGUCAUCCCCUAUACACGAUUUUCCAUCACAAACGAAGACUACUACUCCUUCCAGCCAGAUCGUGAUCUGGGCAUCCAGCUCAUGGUCCCACUUGCCCAGCAUGUGCAGCCACCCCCUCCCAAGAACGUCAGCAUCAGCUCCUCUGAGGAUCGUUUCCUGCUGGAGUGGAGUGUGUCCCUUGGGGAUGCCCAGGUCUCCUGGCUUUCAUCAAAGGACAUAGAGUUUGAAGUGGCUUAUAAGCGGCUUCAGGACUCCUGGGAGGAUGCCUCCAGCCUCCACACUACCAACUUUCAGGUGAAUUUCGAGCCAAAGCUAUUCCUACCCAACAGCAUCUAUGCUGCCCGUGUGCGCACUUGGCUGUCCCCGGGUUCAAGCUUGUCUGGGAGACCCAGCAGAUGGAGCCCAGAGGUUCAAUGGGACUCCCAGCCAGGGGACAAGGCCCAGCCACAGAACCUUCAAUGCUUCUUUGAUGGGAUCCAGUCCCUCCACUGCUCCUGGGAGGUGUGGACCCAGACGACUGGCUCUGUUACCUUUGGGCUCUUCUAUCGCCCCAGCCCUGCAGCUCCGGAGGAGAAAUGCUCUCCGGUGGUGAAGGAGCUGCAGGCCAACGUCUACACCCGCUACCGCUGCAGUCUACCUGUGCCUGAGCCCAGGGCACACAGCCAGUACACAGUCUCUGUUAAGCACCUGGAACAAGGGAAGUUAAUCCUGAGCUAUGACCACAUCCAGAUGGAGCCUCCAACCCUCAACCUGACCAAGAACAGAGACAGCUACAGCCUGCAUUGGGAAACUCAGAAGAUGGCUUACUCAUUCAUUGAGCACACAUUCCAGGUCCAGUACAAGAAGAAAUCGGACAGCUGGGAGGACAGCAAGACAGAGAACCUAGAUCGAGCCCAUAGCAUGGACCUGCCCCAGCUGGUGCCAGACACCACAUACUGUGCCAGGGUGAGGGUCAAGCCCAUCUCUAACUACGAUGGGAUCUGGAGCGAGUGGAGCAAUGAGUACACUUGGACGACUGACUGGGUGAUGCCCACGCUGUGGAUAGUCCUCAUCCUCGUCUUUCUCAUCCUCAUCUUGCUCCUGGUCCUUCGCUUUGGCUGUGUCUAUGGGUACAGGACGUACAGGAAGUGGAAGGAGAAGAUCCCCAACCCCAGCAAGAGCCUCCUGUUCCAGGGUGGAGGUAAAGGUCUCUGGGCUCCUGGCAGCAUGGCAGCCUUCGCCACUAAGAACCCCCCUCCCCAGGGGCCACAGAGCAGGCUUCUUGCUGAGCAACAGGGGGUGUCAUAUGCACAUUUGGAAGACAACGACCUGUCACCUCUCACUAUAGAGGACCCUAACAUAAAUCGAGAUCCACCACCUGGUCCUGAUACAACCCCAGCUGCCUCAUCUGAAUCCACAGAGCAACUUCCCAAUGUUCAACUAGAGGGACCAACUCCUUCUAGCAGACCUAGGAAGCAAUUACCCAGCUUUGACUUCAAUGGGCCCUACCUGGGGCCUCCCCAAUCCCACUCCCUGCCUGAUCUCCNAGNCCAGCUGGGUUCCCCCCAGGUGGGUGGGAGCCUGAAGCCAGCACUGCCAGGCUCCUUGGAGUACAUGUGUCUGCCCCCUGGAGGUCAAGUGCAACUGGUCCCAUUGUCCCAGGUNAUGGGGCAGGGACAGGCUGUGGAUGUGCAGUGUGGGUCCAGCCUGGAGACCUCAGGGAGCCCUUCUGUGGAGCCAAAGGAGAACCCUCCAGUUGAGCUGAGUGUGGAGGAACAGGAGGCAAGGGACAACCCAGUGACUCUGCCCAUAAGCUCUGGGGGCCCUGAGGACAGUAUGNUGGCCUCUGAUUAUGUCACUCCUGGNGAUCCGGUGCUCACUCUGCCCACAGGGCCCCUGUCUACCUCUCUGGGCCCCUCUCUAGGGUUGCCCUCAGCCCAAAGUCCCAGUCUCUGUCUUAAGCUGCCCGGGGUCCCCUCUGGAAGCCCUGCUCUAGGGCCACCAGGGUUUGAGGACUAUGUGGAGCUGCCUCCAAGUGUGAGCCAGGCUGCCAAGUCCCCUCCAGGCCAUCCUGCUCCUUCUGUGGCAAGCAGCCCCACAGAGAUCCCAGGAGAGCCCAGGGAGGAAGUGGGCCCAGCAUCCCCACAUCCCGAAGGCCUCCUUGUUCUUCAGCAGGUUGGGGACUACUGCUUCCUCCCUGGUCUGGGACCUGGCUCCCUCUCACCACACAGCAAGCCACCCUCUCCAGGUCUGUGUUCUAAGACUGAGGACCUAGACCAGGACUUGUCUGUGAAAAAGUUUCCCUAUCAGCCCAUGCCCCAGGCGCCAGCCAUUCAGUUUUUCAAGUCCCUAAAGCAUCAGGACUACCUGUCUCUGCCCCCUUGGGACAAUAGCCAGUCUGGGAAGGUGUGCUGAGUCUGUCCCCUCCAAAAUCACCAGCAGCCCGGCACCUCAGCCUGUGGUCCUCAGCCUGAGCAUCAUCACAGAAGCCUCACUGAGUUCACACUCCUUCUUGCUCCCAGCCCUGACCCAGCAAUACCCCGCCUGUGCUUUUCUCUUCCCCCUCUGUCCCUCUUCCCCUCCCUCUACCCCCCCAAUCUCUCUCUCUCUCUCUCUCUCCAGUUUUCUGCCUUCUAUGGGAACUUCCUUCCUGUCCCUCUGACCUGUUGGAGUGGGGAUGAGGCCUGUGAGGGUGAGCUCUGCAUGGUCUGUUUAGGGUUGAAGAACUGCUAAGGUCGGCUUGUCCACCACAGUCAUUGAUGAUAACACAGCACAUUUCUGCCUCUGUGUGAAAGGUGGGAGGCUCAGGUGAGCCCCUUGGGAGGUCAGACUGUAAAAUUGGGCAGGCUCUUGUCACUCCAAGAAUAGACAUGAUCCUCUAUGGUUGUCUGAAGCUCCUGGGGAGACCUGGGGAACCUUGUAGAGGGUAUUUGGUACCCUCCUUAUAUACAGAAAUCACUAAUGUGGACAAAGCUGGACACAGCUAUGGCCAGGCUGGAGGGAUGAGAAGCAAUGGAGAGAGCUGGGCGUCUAGAACUCAUGGUGUCAACUGCAGACGAGCUUAGUUGUGGAUCCCGGACAGCACACCCCGAGACUAAGUCUAGACAGCUGAGCUGUUCGUUCGUUCUCCCUCCAGAGCAAAUCCCGGAUACCUGUGCUCCCACUGGCCUCAGAUGAGGGUCUGCUGUUUGACUGUGGCCCUUGGCCAUCACCACCCUCUUGACAAUCCAGGCACAAUGCCAUUACCUCAUUCUGUUCUCACUGGAGUUGUUGGUUCAUGGUCACGUUUGCACGUGGCCUUUGUGUGUGUCUCGAGCAUAGGCUUUUUGGGUGGCAGCCAGGAAGUAGAGUUGGAGAGCUCAUGAACAGUUUUGUGCUUCAGAGUGUCUUUUUUGGAUGAAACUGAAUAGCUCUUUCCACGUGGCCUCUUGUGGGCCACAUGUGUCUCCCCAGUGUCCUAAUUUUGUGCAGGAGGCACACCAGCUCUGUCAGCCAUUGCGUGUCUGCAUUGCUGUGAGAUGGGUUGCCGAGCCACACCUGUCUUUGGGGCCCUGUUUGCAGUGGCCUUUGCUGUAAGUGUACAUGUGCCCUUGUUUAUGUUCUUUCGGUUCCUUCUGUGUCUAAAGCCUUGAGUGGGAGACUUGAACUUUUCUAGAACACAUGCUCACUCUACAGAGUUCAGUCUUUAUGUGUUCUAUGACCUGGAGUCAGUGGACAUUGUAUCAUUUCUUCACCUAUUUGUGCUCUGUCGGGCACUCCAUGAUCCACCAAGUCAUGAACUGGAUCUGGUCUGUCCUAUCCCCUGGCCUCACUCACAUGAUGGCAGACAUAGAAUGCGGCAGCUCAAAUGUCCCUUGGUCUCUGUUCAUUGCAGCAAAGAAAACCACUAACAUCUUGAGUGUGUUGCAGUGGCAAUGUUCAACAUCAGCCUUUCAAUACUUUCCAAAGUGACCACUCUAGAGAAACAAACAGGAGUGGCCUCCAUGUUAAGAUAUGAAUGCCAAAAUGCCUUGCAUAAGAGGAAAUAUUGUAAUAAAAAUGUUUACAUACAAUAAAACAGCAAAA